GAUGACGUCAUCUUUCGAAGCAUUAGUACGCCAUGUUUUUCAUUCUGCGAAGGGGGAAAUCUGCUCAUCUCUCAAUGAAAGAAUGGAUUCAUCGUGAAAUGGAUGUGAAAAUGCUGUGAAAUGUAAUCAUUUCCUUAACAACAUUGCAUAGAACACAUUGACGAGGAAAAAUCGAGGAAACAAACAGGAAAACGUCAAAAAAUGGCGCUUGAAACCCUGUUUGAAACACCCCCGCCUCUCGUGUCCUGUGAAAACAAAGAAAGCCUAAAUGAAGGCUCAGAAAGGAAUCCUGAAGAGGAUGGCGAGAUCUUGGAAGACGGUGAGCUCAGCGACGAGGUCGAAGGAGUCCAGCAGCCCGAUGAGAUGGGCAACGAAGAGGAGGGGUACGUGGAUGGAGGAGGCGGUAACUAUGGUUAUGAAAAUGAUGCAGGGGUGGAGGAAGAAAUGGAAGAGCAAGAGCAAGUCGUUGAAACCCCUCGCAAGAGCAGGAGACGCCACCGUCAUCGAGAACAUAAGGAAGAAGGCGAUGAUGAGGAGGAGGAGGAGGAAGGAAAUGAGGAAGGGGAGGAUGAUCGAGAAAAGAGGAGGAGACGAAAAAGGAGGAAGGAGAAGCACAGUAGCAGACGGCAUCAUCACAAGAAGUCGAAAAGAAGAAAAAGGCAUCAUUCUAGCGAAGAAGAAAAUGGGAGUCCUGAAGACAUGGAUGCAGACGGAGCACGGGCCCCUUCGAAGAAGAGACGCUCCGUUCACCGAGAAAGAAGACGCCCUUCCGAGCCAGACGAGGAGGAAGGCUGGCACGGCGAGAUAGACGGUCCCGAUGACGAAGGCAGGAUGGAGAGAGCGAGAGGAAGGAGGGGGCAGAGGAGCAUGAGUAGGGGAGGGGAGAUGUGGGGGAUGAGAGGCAUGGAAGGGCAGGAGGAGGAACAGGGAUACGGGAGCUCUGGAGCCGAUUCGUGGGAGGAGGAGAUGAGGAAGUACAAAGCCCAUCAGGCAGGGUUUGUAGAUGAAGAAUCGGAGGAGGAGGAGAUGUCACCCCGUAUGGCCGGUGCCCAGCGUGGGAGGGGCAGAGGCAGGGGCAGGGGAAAGCCCCCUCCUGGUGCCAAACAUAGUUUUAUCCAAGAGAAAUUGAAGAAGAUAGCUCUCGCUGCUAAGAUGAAAGGCAAAGGUCGAGGGCGUGGAUCCGGGCCUCCUGGUCCUAAGCCACCCAAAGAACCGAUGGGAGAGAAGAAGAUGAUGCUACAUCUCAUCUGCAAAUUUUACCUUGAAGGUCGCUGCAAGAAGGGAGAGAACUGUACUUAUAGCCACGAUCUGACGCAGCAGAGGAAGCAGGAGCUCUGUAAAUUCUACGUCAGCGGAUUCUGCAAUAAAGGAGAUACUUGCCUCCAUUGUAGCCAUUGCCCGUUGAGCUCGGAAGAUCAGGGCGCUGUUCGUGGCGAUGAGGAGAGACAGAGAGGAGAGAGGUCAGCCAGGAGAAACGGGGAGGUUGUUGAGGGGUCCGAUAUGGACUUAGCUAGCGACGUGGACCAAGACCCAUGGCCAGAGCCUGGUCUUCCCCCUUGGGUCCCAACCAAAGAAGACCUAGAGAUUGAGAAAAGACUCUGGUGCUGGAUGACCCCGGACCAGUUACCCGAUCGUCCAGACCUCGUUGAAGAGCUGGGGACCGCUAUCGGGUCCUGGUUCCGUGCCGAUCCCUCAAACAUGUACGAAGAUGCUCUUGAAUUUGCAGAGUAUUGGGUCAGGCAUGAAAUGGGAAAGGUGGAGGCCCAGAAAGAAGCCCUGGGGGACUCCAUCGAACCCGGUCUUGGCGCUUGGGUUCCAGUUCAGGAACCUGCUCUGGAAGACAUUGUAGACAUUGAUCCCAAAGUAAUAGACCCAGACAGACCUGGUCCGGGGUAUUAUUUCUAUACUACUCCUGGGCCCGAGGAAACGGUUCUUCGUUGGGCCUAUUUACCAAAGAGCGCCCUCCUCCAUGCGCCUGAUGUACCUUCCUUAACUCAUAAUCUACGUGAUUUCCCGUGCAAGUACUUCCAUUCAGGAUCAGAAUGCUACCAAGGCGAGAAGUGCCGCUUCUCCCACGAACAAUUGAAUCCACAUACCAAGAUGCUUCUGGAGAAGUCCCUAUCCUCGUUCGAUGAGUUUCAAGAAGGUCCCCCACGCUCCCCGUCUAAGACCAAAGGUCUUCUCCCCACCCCUGGGGAUACAAGUCACAUACCAUCUUUGCUUGACAUUGAUGUUCGGCCUCCACAGUUAGAGGAGCCACCUGGACCGAUGUCCUUUUACGGCGCUGAAAAUCCUGAGUACGCCGAGCCCCAUCAGCAGGGACCUGAUCAAAGGGACUACCAAGGACAGUUCCAAGACCAGCAAGGAGGACCUGGUCCAUACCCAGACCAAUAUCAGCAGCAACAGCCGUAUCCGCAAGACCAGGACCAAUACCAGGACCCGUAUGAGAUGGUCAAUCAGUUUGUGUCUCUGGCCCGAUCGAACCACGAUCAAGCGCAGAAUCGGGAUUCCACUCGUCAGUGUCAAGACCAGCAGGACAUGGAUUCAAACAGAGGGCAGGAGACCACGCCCUUACCAAGCUCUCAAAGUGAGGACAACUCAGCUAGUUCGGACAAAGAAAUUUCUUCAAGUGACUUCCAUCCACGUGAAAGAAAGACCCGGCUUCCAUCCCCUCCAACAGACAACAGUACUAAAUCCCCUCCCCGAGAAGAAAUGGAACAGUCCGGACAGCCAGACACCUCUGCCCCUGCGUCGUCCAGCGCUUCCAGGCCCGUCCAGGGUGAACUGUCCCCCGAGCCGUCGCCUCCGCAAGGUUCUCCUGCAGGCGAGAAGCCAGAGAAACAGUCCAUCCCGGCCUCCAUCCCGGCGAAGCAGAAAGCCCUCUUCAUGAGGAUACAACAGAAGCAGCAUGAUGGGAAGGCAGGAAGUGAUGUCAAUUCAGAGUCAGAUGACAAUAGCAAGCGUAAGUCAUCUCAAGACGAGGCCCUCUGGUAUUCAAGUGAUGAAGAGGAACGAGCUAAGAAGAAAAGCACCUCUGCCAAGAAGAUGAACGAGCCAGUCAUAAUCCCUAAGGAUUCUGCAGAAAAAACGUCAGAUCCAGGACUUCCUGCUGGCACUGGUAUGAGCUCUGAUGCUGUCAAGAAACUGACUGCCAUCCAAAUCCCAAGUGCUCUCGCCAAUCUCUUCGCUGGAAAGACCACGCCCACAACCCCGUCGAGUUCUGGUAACCAGGUGACUUUUAAUCUUCUUGAUUUUGUCAAGAAGGGACCUGCAGCAUCCAAACCCGCCCCUCUGACUCCUACUUCACCUCAGACAGAAAUCUUGGACUCUCCUAUGUCACCGAUCAAUGAGGAGUUUAGGUUGAUUGAAUGUAUUCGUGAACCAGGUAGACCAGACCCUCGUUCAGGGAGGGAGAAAAGGGACAAGUCUGAUAUGCGUUUUAGAGUUUUGCAUUGGAAAGACAAUAAAUAUUCCAUCAAUGACCCGGACGAUAGGCCGUCGCUGCAACCGAUUGAGUUAACAACACCAACUGAGCUUAAAAGUCAGCCCAACUUUCCAAAGACGACUCUCUCUCAAUUCAUGCCUGGAAAUCAAAUGGCCCAACCCAGCAUGACGGUGCCGCCAAGUCAAGGUCCUCUUGACCCGAGAAUGAAGAGAGAUCCCCGGCUUGCAAGAAUGCAAGGCCCUGAGGAAGCCGCAGGUCCAAAGGAUCCACGUAUGAAUAGAGACCCCAGGUCAAUGGCUUUAAACGUGCCAAAUAUGCCGGACAUGGGAAUUAAUAACAUGCCCCCUCCCCUUCUGCCAAUGCCUGAUGAAAGAAUGAGACACAUGGGACCUGGACCUAGACCUUCACCUCAAGAUGGACUUUUACCCAUGCCACCUGGGGGCCCGAGACCACCACUUGGACCACUGCCUCCGUUUAUGCCAGGUCCAGGUCCUAGGGGUAUGUUGCCGCCAUUCGGUGGACCACUUCCACCUUUGGGUAGGUUUCCUCAAGAUAUGCCUCCCCCAGACAUGAACAUGCCACCUAGGGGUCCACCUUUCCAGGGACCUGGUCCAAGAAUGGGUCCUGGACCUGGGCAUGGUCAACAUCCUCCAUUUAUUAGGACUCCAUUAAUCAGACAGAUGUCCGAUGGAUCGGGUCAUGUCUCAGGCCCUCCCAAUUUUCAGGGUGGACCAGGCCCAGGAGAUCUGCCAAUGAACAGAUUUAGAGGACCUUCGCCAAACGAUCCGAGGGGUAAUGUCAAUGACCCAAGGAACAUUAAUCCUAGACAAGCAGCUCCAGAUCCGAGACAGGCAGUGCAGGAUCCAAGACAGGCAGCACAGGACCCCAGAAGUCAAAGACAGAUAGCACAGGAUCCUCGAGAUCCAAGACAGAUGGCACAAGAUCCGAGAGGUCAGAACCAGACACUACAAGAUCCUCGAGAUCCUAGACAGACAGCGCAAGGUCCCAGAGAUCCGAGACAGAUGGCGCAGGAUCCCAGAGACCCACGGCAAGGUCUUCAAGAAUCGAGAGAUCCUAGGCUUGCACAGACGGACUCUCGAGAUCCCAGGAAAGGUCCUCCUGCAGAGAGCCGUGAUCCUCGACUUAUGAGGCAAAUGAGCAGUAACAAGCCCGGAGGUGGUAGUCCUUCUCAGUCAGACAACUUGCCAGCUCAAGAUAUAGAUGAAAGGUUGAACAUUCCCAAACUUCAGGAUGUUGAUCUUCGCAGGCAGGUUCCCGACCGUAAAGCCAAAUUGCAAGGAUUCUCUAUCCCAAAGUUGCCGAAGCGAUCCGACGUAGCUGAAGCUGACACGACUAGUGGGGAUCCUGAUAAUUUGGGUGGCAGCGGUGGGAUUAGUCACAGGAAGGUACCCAGUGCGCACCACGGCCUUCCACAGGGUCUGGCAUCGUUUGAUGUCGGUGGUAAGACCAGGACUAAUUUCCCCAGCGGGGAUCCAAGGACUAAAAGCGGGAGGGAUUCUCCUCAAAUGACCCUCCAGAUUCAGAUCCCUGGUAACGGCGAAGGCGAUGGUGACAUGGCUGCGGCAAUCGCUCAACUAGCUGAGGAACCUGAUAUCCAACUAAAGGACAUGUUCAAGACCCAGGAUCCUACAGCAUCGCCAUUCUGUUGAUAACCCCAUGAAAUCCAUGCCACUUUUGUGAGUAGCUGCCAUUUAAAACGAGUACUUAUAGAUUUAGCACCAGUGAUCCAUGCAUCAUUUAUCAGUUUCUUGAAACUUAUUAUUUUGUAUUUUUUCUACUGCUAUAAGCCACUGACAGCAUGGUACUUGAUUGGCUGAUAACAAUGUUGUCAUUAAUUUUAAGCAUUUGUUAUUGAUAGCAAGUUUCAUGAAACUAGCUGUUGGUUACAGGGUUGUUCCACCUGGAUGAUUUAGCCAGUGUUUGCACUUUGCAGGCAUUAUUAUGGCAAGCUGUUUUAUCAAUUAAUCUUAUUUCAAGAAUUAAAUUCUUGUUAUCAAGUGGCUUGCAAUACAUAUGUCAUACACUGACUAAAUCACUCGGGUGGAACAGCCCCCUCAAUACAUGUAUAUGAGAGAAUGUUAAUUUUGAAAUUCUUUGAAGAUAUGAGUCAGUUUUGUUUCUGUAUCAUCAUGAAGAUAAUUGUCUUGUUAUUUUUUGUUCAUUCAAAUGGUACGUCCAAAUUUUAUUAACAUAGAAGAAUGUAUUGCACCAUGGCCAACUGAGAUGUGAGAGUUCAAAUGGUAUUUAUAUUUGGUUAUUUUGUUCUGUGAACAUUAAAAGCUGAAUACAAAUUUAUAACAAAGACUGAGUAACAGAAUGCCCUCCAAUUUUGCACAAUUUAACAUCUAUAGCUAUAUUCAGUAUGAGGGUAUGGAUCUACUCAUAAUAACUUUAUUGUUUAGGGUAAUUUUUCAUUUAUUUUUGUAGUUUUUCUUUUAUUCCAUCUUUCUUCAAGUCAAUAUUUCCUAUCUCAUUUCUACUCUUUGCCGUUCUGCCUCCUUUUUUUUGUCUUCUUCCUCCCCCUCUUCUUCCUCUGACUUCUCCUCUGCCUAUUUCUUAUUUUUCCUCUUUUUUCCAUCUUCUGCUUUUCCAUCUUCUCAUUUUCCAGCUUUUUAUUUUCCAUCUUUACCAUUUUCCUUUUCCUUCCUCGUCUAAGUAUUCCUCUUAUUCUCCUUCAUUUAUCUUUUUUCUUUUACUCUUGAUUUAUUCUUCCUCUAGAAAAUUGAGAGUUGUAAAAUUUGAUAAACUUCUCUAUUUACUUUUUAUGGCGAUUCUCAAAUUGGCAAUAUUGCUUUAGAAUGACGGACGUAUUCGUACAAACUUCUGUUUUCUGCCCCAUUGGCACAUGAAUUAUUUUUCAAGAUUGUAUUAGACUGUAAUUUCUCAUUGACUCAUGUAUGAUUUAUAAAAAUUGAAUUUCCUAUGAUGUAUCUGAGGUGAGAAUAGCAUAAAAUGUGACCUGCCACACCAAACCAACAAGUCAGCCGAAAUGAUUUUAUUAUUUAUUUCUUUUUAGCUUGAAAAUGCACAUCCUAAGCUGUUAAAGGUAUUGUUUAACUUUGUGAGCAGCCGAUUUAAAAAAUUCUCAAACCAAGAUGAAACAUGUGUACAAGUGCAUGUAUUAGAACUAAUAAACCCUGAAAACGACCAUUAUUGAGAAUGAAAAGCUAAAACUACAAGGCAAACCCCGAGUUUGUAAAUAGGCGUCUUAUAGACGCCUAAAUAGUACACAUAAGUGUAAGGGGUGAAAUUAAGAUGGUGUUUUCGGUCACUUUAUAUUUCAAUUUUGAAGCACUAAAUACUUAAUUUCGAACGCAAUUUUUUUUGGGCUUCAUUUUUGUAACAUAUCACAGACACAGGUGACAAGUGUGACCUUCUAGCUCAGAUUUUUUAAAAGUCAAACCAAUGUUAACCAAUCACUUUAAGUAAUAAGUAGCUUGUCAAAAUUAGACACCAAUAACCUUAACAACUUCAAGUUUGACGGUAUGAUGAGGAAAACUUUUUUUUUUCAUAUAGGCAAAUUAAAUUUUGAAUACCAAAUGAUUAUUUUGUCUAUUUACAAAGAACCUUCCCUGGCGACAUUUUGUUGGUUUGGGGUGCACUUUAAGAGGUGAUGCUGAAAAUAUUAAAAUUUAGGAACUCAAAGCAUUUGAAUAUCACUGAAAAAUCAGUGAAGUCUACAUAAAUCAAACUUCCCUAUUAAAUUUGAAGCAAUUUUUAUGACCAUGAUGGUGUUUCACAAUGAUUAAGAUGUGAUUUACACAAUAAAAACACUGCAAAAUUUUGUACAACUAUGCUUACUGUAUGAACCUUACCAUGGUUGUUUAAACAGUUUAAACAUGUGUUUAAAAUCUUAAACCACAAAGCUUAAUUUUCAAUAAAUUUGGCAUGGUUGUUUAAACUGUUAAACAACUACUUUAAGUUUCAUAUAGCAUUGUAUAAAUUUUAAACAGCGUUUUUAUUGUGUAAAAAAUGGCCCUCUAACUCCCAGCUGGGUGCAUCAUCACAUCACAGUAUUUGGUGGUAUCAUAGUUGGGCGAUGUACCUACUGAUUAAUUUAUAGAUGAGAGUACUUUUUAAGUUUAUGUUAGAAUUUAAGAAUUUUGAUCUUUCAUGAAGUUAUUUCUUUGCUAUGCUAUGUCUUGUUUUUUUUUCAGUCAUUUUAAUUGCACUCAGGAACUUCAUGUAUAUUUAUAGAUUUGCUUAAAGCCUGUCUUCAGCUUCACUAAAUCCCCAAAAUGUGCGUGUAACUAUUACAAGUCAUCACUUGAUUUUAUGACUCGGUGUGCCCUAAAACAGUUAUGAUGCGAAGAAUAUGAGACGAGAAUGUGUUUUACCAGAUAGGUUUUGUGAUUUUACAUAAAAACGUAUUUUGAACAGGUGCCCGAUCGAUAUUCAAAAUCAUGUACUCGGCUGAACAUUUCAGGAUAUAUUUUUGACAGUAACUUCUUAAUAUCUAAUCCUUUAAUUUGUAAGAUAAAUGCGUAUAGGGCCCAUUUUAAGGAAAACACAAUUUUGUCGAUAGAGGGCACUAGAUAUGUUUGAUUUGAAUAUGUCCAUUUUCACAUAGAAUUUGCAGUUUAAAAAAUAUCAAAUGGCUACAAUCCAGUCUUUAAGAUUGUAAUGUGUGUUGAUAGUAUAAUUCACAUUACUGACUGUUUAUCAAACUAAAGUCAGGCUUUCAUUGGUUGGGCGUGUACUGUUAUGCUCAAAACACACUGUACCAAAGUGACAACAUUUUGAAGUUUUGCCAAUUUUUGAUAAUAUGAUGCAGAGCCCUGAAAAUCAUACAACUAUAUCAGAAUCAUUAAAUUGGCAACUAUAUCUAAAUCAUUAAAUUGGCAAUGAGUGGAACCAGAAAAUCAUUGCUUUAUCAUGAGAAUUUUGAUAUUUUCUUUUAAUGGCAAUUUACUUAAAAUCUAAUGUUUCCCUUUUCAAUAGACUCUGUUUAUUUGACUGUUUUUGAGACCAAGACCUGCUGAAAAUAGUUGCGACACUGUUCUUGAAAGAAAUGAAUGGAAUAAAUCAAUAAAUCGUCAAAUUGGCAAUGCAGUGGAACCACAAAAUCCUUGUUUUAUCAUGAAAAUUUUGAUAUUUUCUUUUAAAUCCAAAGCACUUGAAAUUCAAUGUUUCCCUUUUCAAUAGACUUUUUGAUUUGACUGUUUAUGAGACCAAGACCUGCUGAAAAUAUUUGUGACACUGUUCUUGAAAGAAAUGAAUGGAAUAAAUCACUAAAUCGUUAUAUUGGCAAUACAGUGGACUGGAACCACUAAAUCCUUGUUUUAUCAUGAACAUUUUGAUAUUUUCUUUUAAAUGGCAAAGUACUUAAAAUCCAAUGUUUCCCAUUUCAAUAGACUUGUUGAUUUGACUGAUUGUUAUGAGAAUAAGACCUGCGAAAUAUGGUAUUGACAAUGUUCCUGACCCCCCCCCCCCCCUCAAUCUUUUGUUUCAAUUGUAAGUAUGGAUGUAUAUAAUUCAGAAUCAGAUAUUUGUAUAGUGUAUAAAAAAAUGCCAGCAGGUAUUUUGUCACUUAACACCUAAUAACGCAUUUAUGUGAGUGAGUGGUGAAAAGAAAAAUAUGCAGAUUUCCUCUAUGGAUGUUGUAUUUUGUACCCCUGUCUUGAAAGUGGUUGCUUCCGUAUUAUGCUGUACUGAUAUUAGGUACAUUGGACUGUACCAUUUGUUGAUAGGGUUAUGAGAGAUGUUAUUUGCUUUUGUUAUUGCUUUAUGAAUAAAAUACUAUUGAACUUGCCAAAAUAA